UAGCUUUGCCCGGCCACGUGUUGCUGUGGCUUAUGGGAAUCCUUUGUUGGCCAGGUGGAAUAGCAGUGAAUAGCCUAGCAGUCUCAAAGCCUGGAGUAGCUGGAGCUUUUUGUUGUAUGAACGUAGAGGCAUGGAUGAGGGGUUGUGCUGCCAAGUUUAGUGUUUCUGGGAUGUGUAGUUUUGUUGUUUUGUCCUAGGCCGAAACGUCAUUACCCUUUUAUAUAUAUAGAUAUAAUAUAUCUAUAUUUAUUAUUAUUGUAUACGUAUUGCAGAAUAUCAAGAAUAUCAGGUGAUUGUCCACCUGCCGCCUUCGCUCCAAAUCGUUGGGCCCCGAAAUAAGCGCAGCCGUGAAACCCGAGUCCCGUGGCCUGGUCUCUCCUCGGAAGGGACGGAAUCAGGUGGCCGGACCAGAAUAGCCACGGGCCUCUCUCUCUUCCCCGCCUUAGGAAUCCCAACAGCCAGGCCCCAUUGCAUGAAAGUGGGGUGGACUCGGGGGCGGUUCAACCGUAAGGCAAUUUCUGCAGUUGCCUCAGGCACCAUCGUUUGGGGGGCGCUGUUGAGGCCUCCUUGGGAAGGUGUCUUUGGUGGGGAGGAGACUUGAUCUGGAUUAUCCGAGUCCACAUUUCUUCAUACAGUAGAUGCUGCAGAUUCCAGUCUGGUGGCCUUUUGCAGUUGGCAGAUCGUAAUUUUGUCAAUGUCUAUUGUUUCCAAAUGCCGGCUGAGAUCUUUUGGCACGGCACCCAGUGUGCCCAUCACCACCGGGACCACCUGCACUGGUUUCUGCCAGAGUCUUUGAAGUUCAAUCUUGAGGUCCUGAGAGCGGCUGAGUUUUUCCUGUUGUUUUUCGUCAAUGCGACUGUCACCUGGGAUGGCGACAUCCAUGAUCCAAACCUUUUUCUUUUCCACAACUGUGAUGUCUGGUGUGUUGCGUUCCAGAACUUUGUCAGUCUGGAUUCGGAAGUCCCACAGUAUCUUUGCGUGCUCAUUACCCAAUACUUUUGCAGGUUUGUGAUCCCACCAGUUCUUUGCUGCUGGCAGGUGGUACUUGAGGCAUAAGUUCCAAUUUGGGCCACAUAGUUGUGCCUCUGUUUGUAGUCUGUCUGUGCGAUUUUCUUACAGCAGCUGAGGAUAUGAUUCAUGGUUUCGUCAGUUUCCUUGCACAGUCUGCAUUUUGGGUCAUCAGCUGAUUUUUCGAUCUUGGCCUGAGUUGCCUUUGUUCUGAUGUCUUGCUCCUGGGCUGCAAGGAUCAGGCCUUCUGUCUCCUUCUUCAGGGUCCCAUUUGUGAGCCAGAGCCAGGUCUUCUCCUUAUCAGCUUUUCCUUCAAUUUUGUCAAGGAACUUUCCAUGCAAUGCUUUCUUGUGCCAGCUGUCAGCUCUAGUUUGUAGUGCGGUUUUCUUGUACUGAUUUUGCUCUAGUUUGUAGUGCGGUUUUCUUGUACUGAUUCUGCUCUAGUUUGUAGUGCAGUUUUCUUGUACUGAUUCUGCUCUAGUUUGUAGUGCGGUUUUCUUGUACUGGUUUUUUGUCUGCUGUGCUUUGAGGAGUUUCUGAUUUUUGACUUCAAUCAAAGCAGGUUCUUCACUUUGCUUUACAUCUUCUGCUAGGGCAUGUUCUUCUUCUUUGACUGCUUGUUUUACUUGCAAGAAUCCUCCGCGAGGGUGCAGUGAAUGAUGAAUGGUCAUGAGUUUUCUUGUUUUUCUGUCCAAAUUGUCCAGGUCCGCCUGUGCCCAGUUUAUGAUGCCAGCAGUGUAUCUUAUUAUUAUUGUUAUUAUUACCACCUCUCGUUGUAGCUCAAUAAUUAUACUGAUAAUAUUACGGUCCCAAACAAGAAAUGCAUUCAUCAUGUUUAUAAUCCAUCUUUCCCAUCUGUGGCAUUAUGGGAUGUCGGAGCGUUUGCAUCCAGGAUGCUCCCUCGGAGUGAGGGGGGAGGGGACCCCCUUCCCAACCCGCCUAUGAAUGAGCCAGGUGUCAAUAGAGCAACCCACAGCCAACCCGGUCUCUGGAGCCAGUCCCUAUGUCCCUCCCCACUUUGCCCAUUGGCCGUGGGGACCCCUCUCUGCCUCCUGAUUGGCCCCUGCCCAUGUCCCUCCCCCCCCCCCCCCGCCCGGGGCCUGCCAAAUACUCAUCCAUGUGCCUCCGGGUGCAUUCCUCCUGGGAUAUAUUUAGCCUCCCGGCUCCUUUUUGGGGCGAAGGGCCUGGCGAGGAGGGUCCGGGUCCGGGCCUGGGUCACCGCUGGGGUGGGUGCGGGGGUCUCCUCCCAGGGCCUGCCUUUGGAGCGCCGAGGAUGCCCGGGACGGUGGCGGGCCCUUCCUCUUCCUCCUCGCAGGGCCGGUCACGGGCCCGGGACCGCAACAACCUCCUGAACCGGGCCGAGUUCCUGUCCCUGAGCCAGCCCCCCAAGGGCACCCAGGAGCCCCCCGCUGCCGCCUCCUCCUCCUCGUCUUCGCGGAAGGGGGGUCCCUCUCCCCCGGACGGGGCCUCCCCCGGGGCCCGGCGGCCGUCCCAGCAGCUUCCGGAGGAGGACUGCAUGCAGCUGAACCCCUCCUUCCGGGGCAUCGCCUACAGCGCCCUCCUGGCCAUCGACAUCUCCCUCUCCAAGCGGCUGGGGGUCUGCGCCAGCACCACCGCCUCCUGGGGCAGCGCCCGCUCCAUGGUCCUCCUCCUGGGACUCACCGGCCACGGCCUGCCCUGGGUGGCCGGCACCCUCCUCUGCCUCGUGCGCAGCUCCACCCUGGCCGGACAGGAGGUCCUCCUCAACCUCCUCCUGGCGCUGCUGCUGGACGUGGUGCUGGUGGCGUGGCUGCAGAAGCUGGCCAGGCGUCGCGGCCCGUUUGACGUGGCCCCGGGGGCACUGGACUACCUGACGCUGGACCUGUACGCCUUCCCCGCGGGGCAGGCCAGCCGGGCGGCCAUGGUGGCCAAGUUCCUGCUCAACCACCUGGUCCUGGCGGUGCCCCUGCGCGUCCUGCUGGUCCUCUGGGCCGCCCUGGUGGGCUUCUCCCGCGUGGCCCUCGGCCGGCACCACGUCACCGACGUCCUGGCCGGGUUCGCCUGCGGCCUCCUCCAGUUCCGCCUGGUCGAGGCCCUUUGGAUGUCCUCCAACACCUGCCAGAUGCUCAUCGCCAUGUGGUGAGGACGGCACGCCGAGCACCACAUCUCCCCUCCGGGCCCCACGGGAAGGGCCACGGCGCACCACGUCUCCCCUUUCAGUUUCAUGCAAUCAGCACUCACAAUGCACUACGUCUCCCAUGUGUAAGGCCAUGGCAUACUAUAUCUUCCUCUUUGAGUCCCAUGCAGUCAAGGACCACGACACACUACGUCACCCAUGUGAAAGGCCAUGGCAUACUAUAUCUUCCUCUUUGAGUCCCAUGCAGUCAAGGACCACGACACACUACGUCACCCAUGUGAAAGGCCAUGGCAUACUAUAUCUUCCCCUUUGAGUCCCAUGCAGUCAAGGACCAUGACGCACUACGUCUCCCAUGUGAAAGGCCAUGGCAUACUAUAUCUUCCUCUUUGAGUCCCAUGCAGUCAAGGACCACGACACACUACGUCACCCAUGUGAAAGGCCAUGGCAUACUAUAUCUUCCUCUUUGAGUCCCAUGCAGUCAAGGACCACGACACACUACGUCACCCAUGUGAAAGGCCAUGGCAUACUAUAUCUUCCCCUUUGAGCUCCAUGCAAUCAGCACCCACAACACACGUCUCCCAUGUGAAAGGCCAUGGCAUACUAUAUCUUCCCCUUGACUUCCAUGCAGUCAAGGCCCACAACGCACUACGUCUCCCCUCUAAUUUCCACAUGAAAGGCCAUUGCUAUUUUCCACAGUGCACUAUGUCUCUCUUUUGGUUUCCACGCGAAGGGCCACGGCGCACUACGUCUCCCCUUUGAGUCCCAUGCAGUCAACGCCCACAAUGCACUACGUCUCCCAUGUGAAAGGCCAUGGCAUACUAUAUCUCCCCUCUCAUUUCCAUGCAAAAGGCCAUUGAUAUUUUCCGCAGUGCGCUAUGUCUCUCUUUUGGUUUCCACAUGAAGUACAAUGGCGCACUACGUCUCCCCUUUGAGCUCCAUGCAAUCAGCGCCCACAACACACGUCUCUCAUGUGUAAGGCCAUGGCAUACUAUAGCUUCCCCUUGAGUUCCAUGCUGUCAAAGCCCACAACGCACUACAUCUCCCCUCUUAUUUCCCUUUGAGUUUGACAUUUCCCACAGUGCGCUAUGUCUCUCUUUUGGUUUCCAUGUGAAGGACCAUGGCGCACUAUAUCUCCCCUUUGAGCUCCAUGCAAUCAGCGCCCACAACACACGUCACCCAUGUGAAAGGCCAUGGCAUACUAUAUCUUCCCUUUGAGUUCUUGAGUUCCAUGCAGUCAAGACCCACAACACACUACAUCUCCCACAUGAAGAGCCAUGGCAUACUAUAUCUCCCCUUUGAGCUCCAUGCAAUCAGCGCCCACAACACACGUCUCCCAUGUGUAAGGUCAUGGCAUACUAGAUCUCCCCCUUGAGUUCCAUGCAGUCAAGACCCACAACACACUACAUCUCCCACAUGAAGGGCCAUGGCAUACUAUAUCUCCCCUUUGAGCUCAAUGCAAUCAGUGCCCACAACACACGUCUCCCAUGUGUAAGGUCAUGGCAUACUAUAUCUUCCCCUUGAGUCCCAUGCAGUCAAAGCCCAUGACGCACUACGUCUCCCUUCUCAUUUCCAUCUGAAAGGCCACGGCGCAUGACCGUUGAGUUUGACAUUUCUCGCAGUGCACUAUGUCUCUCUUUUGGUUUUUUUCCCUUGAGUCCACAACUGAGUUCCAUGCAGUCAAUGCCCACAACGCACUACGUCACCCAUGUGAAAGGCCAUGGCAUACUAUAUCUCCCCUUUGAGCUCCAUGCAAUCAGCACCCACAACACACGUCUCCCAUGUGAAAGGCCAUGGCAUACUAUAUCUUCCCCUUGACUUCCAUGCAGUCAAGGCCCACGACGCACUACGUCUCCCCUCUAAUUUCCACAUGAAAGGCCAUUGCUAUUUUCCACAGUGCACUAUGUCUCUCUUUUGGUUUCCACGCGAAGGGCCACGGCGCACUACGUCUCCCCUUUGAGUCCCAUGCAGUCAACGCCCACAAUGCACUACGUCUCCCAUGUGAAAGGCCAUGGCAUACUAUAUCUCCCCUCUCAUUUCCAUGCAAAAGGCCAUUGAUAUUUUCCGCAGUGCGCUAUGUCUCUCUUUUGGUUUCCACAUGAAGUACAAUGGCGCACUACGUCUCCCCUUUGAGCUCCAUGCAAUCAGCGCCCACAACACACGUCACCCAUGUGAAAGGCCAUGGCAUACUAUAUCUUCCCUUUGAGUUCUUGAGUUCCAUGCAGUCAAGACCCACAACACACUACAUCUCCCACAUGAAGGGCCAUGGCAUACUAUAUCUCCCCUUUGAGCUCCAUGCAAUCAGCGCCCACAACACACGUCUCCCAUGUGUAAGGUCAUGGCAUACUAUAUCUUUCCCUUGAGUUCCAUGCAGUCAAGACACACAACACACUACAUCUCCCACAUGAAGGGCCAUGGCAUACUAUAUCUGAGCUCAAUGCAAUCAGUGCCCACAACACACGUCUCCCAUGUGUAAGGCCAUGGCAUACUAUAUCUUCCCCUUGAGUCCCAUGCAGUCAAAGCCCAUGACGCACUACGUCUCCCUUCUCAUUUCCAUCUGAAAGGCCAUGGCGCAUGACCGUUGAGUUUGACAUUUCCCGCAGUGCACUAUGUCUCUCUUUUGGUUUCCAUGUGAAGCACAACAUCUCCCCUUUGAGCUCCAUGCAAUCAGCACCUGUAACGAACUACGUCUCCCAUGUGUAAGGCCAUGGCAUACUACAUCUUCCCCUUGAGUUCCACUUGCAUACUAUAUCUUCCCCUUUGAGCUCCAUGCAUUCAGCGCCCACAACACACGUCUCCCAUGUGUAAGGCCAUGGCAUACUACAUCUUCCCCUUGAGUUCCACUUGCAUACUAUAUCUUCCCCUUUGAGCUCCAUGCAACCAGCGCCCACAACACACGUCUCCCAUGUGUAAGGCCAUGGCAUACUACAUUUUCCCCUUGAGUUCCACUUGCAUACUAUAUCUUCCCCUUUGAGCUCCAUGCAACCAGCGCCCACAACACACGUCUCCCAUGUGUAAGGCCAUGGCAUACUACAUCUUCCCCUUGAGUUCCACUUGCAUACUAUAUCUUCCCCUUUGAGCUCCAUGCAUUCAGCGCCCACAACACACGUCUCCCAUGUGUAAGGCCAUGGCAUACUACAUCUUCCCCUUGAGUUCCACUUGCAUACUAUAUCUUCCCCUUUGAGCUCCAUGCAAUCAGCGCCCACAACACACGUCUCCCAUGUGUAAGGCCAUGGCAUACUACAUCUUCCCCUUGAGUUCCACUUGCAUACUAUAUCUUCCCCUUUGAGCUCCAUGCAAUCAGCGCCCACAACACACGUCUCCCAUGUCUAAGGCCAUGGCAUACUACAUCUUCCCCUUGAGUUCCACUUGCAUACUAUAUCUUCCCCUUUGAGCUCCAUGCAACCAGCGCCCACAACACACGUCUCCCAUGUGUAAGGCCAUGGCAUACUACAUCUUCCCCUUGAGUUCCACUUGCAUACUAUAUCUUCCCCUUUGAGCUCCAUGCAAUCAGCGCCCACAACACACGUCUCCCAUGUGUAAGGCCAUGGCAUACUACAUCUUCCCCUUGAGUUCCACUUGCAUACUAUAUCUUCCCCUUUGAGCUCCAUGCAAUCAGCGCCCACAACACACGUCUCCCAUGUCUAAGGCCAUGGCAUACUACAUCUUCCCCUUGAGUUCCACUUGCAUACUAUAUCUUCCCCUUUGAGCUCCAUGCAAUCAGCGCCCACAACACACGUCUCCCAUGUCUAAGGCCAUGGCAUACUACAUCUUCCCCUUGAGUUCCACUUGCAUACUAUAUCUUCCCCUUUGAGCUCCAUGCAUUCAGCGCCCACAACACACGUCUCCCAUGUGUAAGGCCAUGGCAUACUACAUCUUCCCCUUGAGUUCCACUUGCAUACUAUAUCUUCCCCUUUGAGCUCCAUGCAUUCAGCGCCCACAACACACGUCUCCCAUGUGUAAGGCCAUGGCAUACUACAUCUUCCCCUUGAGUUCCACUUGCAUACUAUAUCUUCCCCUUUGAGCUCCAUGCAUUCAGCGCCCACAACACACGUCUCCCAUGUGUAAGGCCAUGGCAUACUACAUCUUCCCCUUGAGUUCCACUUGAGUUUUCUUGCCAUGCACUACGCCUCCCAUUUGGUUCCCACCUCUCUUCUGGUUUCCACGUGGCCGUCAGCACCAACAAACUACGUCUCCCUUCCGGUUUCCAAGGGGUCGAGGCCCCCGGUGAACUACGUCUCCUUUGGUGGGCCUUUUUUGAGAAGCCACGCCUUUGUUUACCUUCUUGGAUCAAGCAGGGGAUGAUGGGAGAUGUAGUCCGACUCCCUUUGGUAGGAAAAGGCCGGGUUCAAAUGUUUGCAAAUGGAAGAAAUAAAUCACGGCUUGGUCAAAGAGC